CUUGCGGGCGAGGCUAUAUGAACAAGUGUGUGCAGCGGUUCUGCACUCUUGCUGAAAUUGGACGGAGUAGCCUAGGCACAGUCGUCUUCGGUAGCCUAUCCCUCAAGAACGUCCGGGAGGAUAGGAGGUCACAGUCAACUUAUCUACUGACGAGCAAGCAAACUUUCUCUGGAUUUAAACUGCCAACGGAGAGAUGAGCAUUGAGAUGUCGGAAAUCUUUCCCUUCUUGGAGGACCUGAACUUCACGGAUGUGAACAACACGCACUUUGAGAUUUGCCACACGGUGUUCGACCGCGGCGCGCUCCUCCGGGCCAUGUGCACACUCUACGUGUUCAUCUUCGUGGUGGGCCUGGCGGCCAACGCGCUGGUGGUGUGGGUGAACGUGCGCACCGAGCACCAUCACCGCCACCGCCACGAAACGCACAUGUACAUCCUCAACCUGGCCGUGGCCGACCUGUGCGUGGUGGCCACGCUGCCCGUGUGGGUCAGCUCGCUGGCGCAGGGCGGCCACUGGCCGUUCGGCGAGGCCGCCUGCAAGCUCACGCACCUGCUCUUCAGUGUCAACCUCUUCGCCAGCAUCUUCUUCCUGGCCUGCAUGAGCCUGGACCGCUACUUGUCAGUGGCACACUUCGGCGACGGUGCGUCGUCAUCCACGUCAGGCCAGCGGAAGAGGCUGGUGCGCCGGCUGGUCUGUGCUGGUGCCUGGCUCCUAGCGCUGGCCGCCUCCGUGCCGGACGCCUACUUUUUGCGGGCCGUGCCGCACCCCGACGCCACCCAAUGCUACCCCAUCUACCCCGAGGAGAGCCAGCAGGAGUGGAUGGCUGCAGUCCAGCUCAGCUUCGUGGUGCUGGGCUUCGCCGUGCCCUUCCCGGUCAUCGCCGUGUCCUACGCACUACUGGCCAGCGCCCUGUCCUCCCCCUCCUCCUCCUCCUCCUCUUCGCCCCCUGGGGACCACGAGCGCAGGCUCAGUCGCAAGGUCAUCCUCACGUACAUUGUGGUGUUCCUUGUGUGCUGGGCACCCUACCACCUGGUGCUGCUGACGGACGCCCUGGUGCUGCUGGGCUCGCUGCCGAUCAACUGCGCCAUGGAGAACGCACUCUACGUGGCUCUGCACCUCACCCAGUGCCUGUCGCUGCUCCACUGCUGCGUCAACCCUGUGGUGUACAGCUUCAUCCACCGCCACUAUCGCUACGACCUCAUGAAGGCCUUCAUCUUCAAGUACUCCACACGCACGGGCAUCGCCCGCCUCAUGGACAACUCCAACGGAGGGGAGACGGAGUACUCUGCCGUGGAGAACCCUUCACAGCUGUGAGGCGACAGGCAGAGAAGCUCAGGGUAUUU